AUGGCGGCGCUGACGGGAGUGUCGUUCGUCCUGUCCAGAAUGGCAGCCUGUGGAGGCACCUGCAAGAACAAAGUGACUGUCUCCAAGCCUGUGUGGGACUUCCUGAGCAAGGAGACCCCAGCCCGGCUGGCCCGGCUUCGGGAGGAGCACCGUGUGUCCAUCCUCAUAGAUGGCGAGACUUCUGACAUCUAUGUUCUCCAGCUUUCCCCACAGGGCCCGCCCCCAGCCCCUCCCAAUGGGCUCUACCUGGCCCGGAAGGCUCUCAAGGGGCUGCUAAAAGAGGCUGAGAAAGAGCUGAAGAAAGCUCAGAGGCAGGGGGAGCUUAUGGGCUGCCUGGCUUUGGGGGGUGGGGGGGAACACCCCGAGUUGCACCGCCCAGGCCCACCCCCUCUCCGAGCAGCCCCGCUCCUGCCCCCAGGGGAGGCAGAAGAGCAGGAGAGCACCUGCCCCAUCUGUCUGGGGGAGAUCCAGAAUGCCAAGACCUUGGAGAAGUGCCGGCACUCAUUCUGCGAGGGCUGCAUCACCCGGGCCCUGCAGGUGAAGAAGGCCUGCCCCAUGUGCGGCCGCUUCUAUGGGCAGCUGGUGGGUAACCAGCCCCAGAAUGGGCGGAUGCUGGUCUCUAAGGACGCCACACUCCUGCUGCCCAGCUAUGAGAAGUACGGCACCAUCGUCAUCCAGUACGUCUUCCCGCCCGGUGUCCAGGGGGCUGAACACCCAAACCCAGGAGUUCGGUAUCCUGGCACCACACGGGUGGCCUACCUCCCGGACUGCCCCGAGGGCAACAAGGUGCUGACCCUGUUCCGCAAGGCGUUUGACCAGCGUCUCACCUUCACUAUCGGCACGUCCAUGACCACAGGGAGACCGAACGUCAUCACCUGGAACGAUAUCCACCACAAGACCAGCUGCACAGGGGGACCCCAGCUGUUUGGGUACCCGGACCCCACCUACCUGACCCGGGUGCAAGAGGAGCUGAGAGCCAAGGGUAUCACAGAUGACUGA